UUCUCUCUCACAACCGACACUUUAAUUAACAGUCAUGGCAAAUCAAGGCGAUAACUUAUGUGGCGGCAUUAAUGAAAUCCAGGGUGAGGAUUUCCAGGAGGCCAUAAAAUUAUUGAACAAAACUCUGGCCACUUUAGCCACUGGUGAUGGACCCAGUUUUGAGGUUGUUAAGGUCAAGUCGGUGACGUCACAAGUGGUAGCCGGCAAUCUUUAUCGCUACAAGGUGCAACUCUCCCAGGGAGAUGAGAUCAAGGAGAGCAACGUGGAGAUCUGGUCGCAGCCGUGGCUCCAAGAGAAAGGCACAAAUAUCAAAAUUAAAUUCGAUGGCGAAGAGAAUAACUCAAUCGACAGCACUUUUUAAGAUUCAUCUGUUAACCAAAUGCAAAAAACUCAUUAAAGUUUAUUAAUAUUUAUAAAGCUA